CCGCGUCCAUACGAAGAGAACUCCGGCCGCCGGCGAGAUGGAACGCCUGCCGGAGGAGCUCCUCGUGCGUGUGGUCUCGCUCACGUCGCCGCUGGACGCCUGCCGCGCGGCCGCUGUCUCCCGGGCCUUCCGCGCCGCAGCGGACUCCGACGCCGUCUGGUCCUUCUUCCUGCCCCGUAACCUCCCGCGGUUCGCCAAAGGCGAGCUCCCCCGCACGCAGCCGUCGAGCAAGAAGGAGCUGUUCCGACGCCUCUCCGACCAGCCAGCUCUCCUCCCACACAAAUUAGUGAGCAUGCAGCUGGACAAGGCUACCGGCGCCCAGUGCUUCACGAUUUCGGCGAGGGCGCUACUGAUUCCGCGGUGCAAGGGCUCGCACCGGGUCAGUUUAUGUGCACUUUCGAACUGCAGCAAACAAGACAAAAGGUUCUUCUCCGAAGACGCUCGGUUCUAUCGUAUCAAUGAGUUGGAGAUCCGGGGCAAGAUACAGACGAAGAUGCUCUCACAAAGCACAACAUAUGCCGUAUACUUGGUGUUCAAGCUAGCAUAUGUAUACAAUGAGUUCGAUUUCCCAUACGAGGUGGCUUCCGUUGGUGUUGCCGGGAGAGAGUCGACCCGGCAAGUUUGUGUGCAAGGUUGCAGAGGGAGUCUUAGUUGUGACGCAAAUCCUCCCAGAGAGGAAGUUCAUUUCCCUCAUGAAAAAGACGAUGGUUGGAUGGAGGUGGAGUUGGGUGAGUUCCGUAACGAGGAGUGCGACGGUGGUGACGAGGUGUCCAUCAGCUUCAUGGGAGAAAGCAAGUCUGGUCUUACCGUGCUGGGCAUUGAGCUCAGAAGUAAGCAACAAAAGCCGACACAAUUGUAGAAUUACCAUUAAGUAACCCGUGGGAGUUAAAACGACCUUUUUGAAGUGUCUUUGGUUACGUAAGUGAUUUUUCGCUAUGAUGAAG